AUGCCAUCCAUUAAGAAAGAGCUACAGCUCCCUGAUCGCCCCAAAGGCCUUCCCCACCCGGAAUACACUACUCCACGUGGCGUAUCCCCGCUGCAGUCUGUGCCCGCCGCGGGCUUGCAAUACCCGAACUACACGCCCUUCAAGCUACCCAACCUCGUUGAAAAGCCUUUUACAGACCGCGGCCUAAACUCCGACCCAGCUAAAUCCCGGCUCCUGGGCGCCGCUACCUCUAUCAUCCAUCUGACCCCCGAAAUCGGCACCGAGAUUGUCGGCCUGCAGCUUACCGAUCUGACCGACGAGCAAAAGGAUGAUCUAGCGCGUCUGGUCGCCGAACGGGGCGUUGUCUUUUUUCGCGACCAGGAGAUGGACGCGCACGAACAGAUUGCGUUUGGCGCGUACUACGGUGAUCUGCACAUUCAUCAGAUGGCUGGCAUUAUACCUGAUCUACCAUGGGUGCAUCCGAUCCACAAGGAUGAGACGGCUGUGAACGGACGCUCUCACCAGAUUUGGCAUUCCGAUGUAAGUUACGAGAUCCAGCCGCCUGGAUUGACGCUGCUUAAGAUGGAUACUCUCCCGGAGGCAGGGCCAGAUGGCACCCUAGCUGGGGGAGAUACCAUUUGGGCGAGUGGGUAUGCGUUGUACGAGUCGCUUUCGUCUAAACUGCGAGCAUUCCUGGAGACAUUGGAGGCCAAACACAGCGGACUCGAACAAGCAGAGAAAGCGCUGCGUACGAGUGGCUGCCUACGCAGAGAUCCUAUCGAGACUAUCCACCCCGUCGUCCGCACCCAUCCGGUGACAGGUUGGAAGACUCUCUACGUGAACGAGAAUUUUACCAAAGAGAUCGUGGGGUUGGAGAAGAGAAUCGGAGAUGGGAUAUUGGACUCCCUCUACCGCACCGUGGCCGAAGGAUACGAGUUCCAGGUGAGAUGGAAAUGGUCUAAAGACGCGGUCGCAAUUUGGGACAAUCGGGCCACUUUCCACACUGGGAUUUUUGACUACUUCCCACAUCUCCGACACGGACUCAGAGUUGCGCCGCAGGCCGAAAAACCGUACUUGGAUGCCGAAUCAAAGACUAGGAAGGAGGCUCUAUCUAAGGACGCGUAA